AUGUUCCGCUCGGCCAAACAUCCGUCCGUCUCCCGCCAAAGCACGGCCGAGCUCACGUACGACCCGGGAAAGCAUGUCCCGCGGUCGGCCCAAGCCUCGCCACCAGCCGCGCACGACCGCCGCGCGAGCCGGGAAGCAAGCCUCGCGGCCGCGCAACUCACGUACCACGGCCGAUGCACCGUCCGAGCCGGGAAGCACGUCCCACGUCCGGCCGAAAUCAUCGGCCAAACCAUCCGCCGACCCCACGGCCGACCGAAGAAUCCUCCGGCCACGAUCGACCCAACCGUGCCGAUCGACCACGACCGUCCCGAACGCCGCGGUCGACCCGAAGCCCGUUUUGAAGCCCGUUUCACACGUUUUCAACGGCCCGGCUUAACCCUAAGCCGCCUCUGA